AAUGACCUGUCAACUUCGAUCUCUGCGCAAUGAUGACCAUGAGACCAAACCAAUCAAAUCUUAGUGGUAUACUUAUGACCUUAGGGAGCGCUGCCGAGCCAGUGCUACGCUUGCCAAGUUGUACUCCGUCCACUUCGCAUUUCUGAUGGCCAACUUUUUGGAGCGCUUUUCUGGUUACGUCCUCCCACCACAGCCAGAUCCGCGCACAAAUGCCUAUCCACUGAUGAAGUCUUGGUCACCAACUGCCCUUAUUUCUCUGGCUUACGUGGUUGGCGUAUAUGCGUGGCGCAUCGAGCUAAAGAAGCGACACAAGGCCUCUCGGGCAGGAGGCUUAGAAAAGGGUGCAGUGACAACACAUCAACUCUGCAAAUCAAAUGGAUGGGGCUUUGUAAAGAUUCUAAUGGUUGUUUACAAUCUCAGCAUGGUGUUAUAUUCCGCGUACAUGGCUCUCGGUACAAUUGUGGCGGUUCGGAGACUGCAUUACGGUCUUGGUUGCGCCGAGCAGCCAGAUCCAAACGAUCGUGCGAGUGACCUCCUACUCCAUAUCGGAUAUCAUUUCUACUUCUCCAAAUUCAUCGAGAUGUUUGAUACAGUAUUUUUCUUAUGGCGUGGGAAAGUUGACCAAGUGACUUUCUUGCAUGUAUUUCACCAUGCGUCCAUGCCACCAUCGAUCUGGUGGGGGGUCCGCUAUGCUCCCGGUGGCAUCACAUAUAUGUUUCCGCUGGCUAACAGUUUCAUCCACGUCAUAAUGUAUACCUACUAUGGACUGGCCGCCGCUGGGUUGUACAAAUACCUCUGGUGGAAAAACUACCUCACAAUUGCUCAAAUGGUUCAGUUCGUGAUUCUGAUUGUACACCAAGGUCAAAUUUUUAUCCGAUCCGAGCCAUGUGAUUACCCCAAGGUGUUCCCUGCCGCCAUUAUUUUCUAUGCGACAGUGUUUCUCAUCCUUUUCGGAAAUUUCUACGUGCAAGCCUAUUGGCGAAAACAGCGUUUAGCGAAACGUUCCCGCAAACCAUCUGAGUCGGGAGCCGUGGAGAUGGUCACCAUGGCCAAUGGGGAUGUUACCCCAAAUCGACGCACCCUAUCCAACGGGCAUGUGCUGAAGUAGCACAGCUGAAGUCCACCUCGUGCAUCGUACGGAAUGGUUUUGCACUAUUCGUAUGAUGCAACGUUUUGUUUUAGGCAUGACAACGUUUUAAGCUGGCAAACUUUCAUUCCACUCUCCCCCUCACGUUCACUGUUUACCCAUCGUCUGUGGUUCGCGACACCUCCCCUUACCGCGGGAUACACGUGCUUACCCUAGUACUAUAAAUGAUGUUCCUUGAUGGAUUCACUAGCCGCAACUCUGCAUCAUUCGGACACGUGACAGCCACCUCCUUUGCAAAUAUUCUUCUGCUUUUGUUGUUUAUUCGCUUUUUUGUUGGGUAGGUUGAACGGACACUACAUGCCUGUUUUAUUUUGUAUUAGGUUCCGUUGUAAUAACCUGAUUUUCUACUGGCUAUGUGCAUUUCUCAUUUCAUAGGCCACAUUUCUGUUUACACCCAUUCCGAACAUCUGUCCUAUUUUCGGUGGAUGGGGAAGUCACUCGAAAUUUCUCAAAGCCGUGAUAAUUUCCUAUGACCGGUGGACACAAAUGUGAAUUCGCUUUAGCGAUUUCCAAAUGGAUUCACGUCCAGGCGA